CUCUAUUUAUAAACCCUAGUAUCCGGUUUUUAUUCUACAACCAAGGAACACACAACACCAUUUGCAAAAGUUCUCUCUAUUAGUGAGUUUCAGAAAUGAGAGGGAUGAAGAGUUUAACCAUUUGGGCUCUCUUUGCUGCUUUACUCUCACAGCAGCUCUUUGCUUCUGUUGCUUCCAUAAGGUUCGAGGAUGCGAAAACAUACUACUCUCCUCCUGCAGACCCAAAUGCAGGAACUCCUCCCCCUGUCUCACAUGGAACUCCUCCAUCACACGGUGGAAGCUACACUCCAACUCCUUCGACGCCAUCAUACACGCCUCCUUCUAACUGUGGAAGUCCUCCUUACGACCCUACUCCUUCAACUCCAUCUCACCCUUCACCUCCAUCACAUACUCCAACACCAUCUCACCCUUCACCCCCAUCACAUACUCCAACUCCAUCUCACCCUUCACCUCCAUCACAUACUCCAACACCAUCUCACCCUUCACCCCCAUCACAUACUCCAACUCCAUCUCACCCUUCACCUCCAUCACAUACUCCAACACCAUCUCACCCUUCACCCCCAUCACAUACUCCAACUCCAUCUCACCCUUCACCUCCAUCACAUACUCCAACACCAUCUCACCCUUCACCCCCAUCACAUACUCCAACUCCAUCUCACCCUUCACCUCCAUCACAUACUCCAACACCAUCUCACCCUUCACCCCCAUCACAUACUCCAACUCCAUCUCACCCUUCACCUCCAUCACAUACUCCAACACCAUCUCACCCUUCACCCCCAUCACAUACUCCAACUCCAUCUCACCCUUCACCUCCAUCACAUACUCCAACUCCUUCCACUCCAUCACACACCCCUCCUUGUAACUGUGGGACGCCACCUCACGAUCCUUCCACGCCUUCACAUCCUUCAACGCCUUCACACCCUUCAACACCUUCCCACCCAACGCCUUCAAAUCCUCCUUCUGGUGGAUAUUACUCAUCUCCUCCCCCAAGUACUCCAGUCGUUGUGACUCCACCAACACCCAUUGUUGACCCUGGCACACCCAUCAUUGGAGGAAGCCCACCAACUCCCAUUAUUGACCCAGGCACUCCUGGAACUCCUUUCGUUCCUGCUCCAUUCCCACCAAUCACUGGAACAUGCGAUUACUGGAGAAACCACCCUACGUUGAUAUGGGGCUUGCUUGGCUGGUGGGGAACUGUUGGAGGAGCUUUUGGUACAGUCAGUACCUCCAGUAGCAUUCCAGGGUUUGAUCCUCACAUGAACCUUCUUCAGGCACUUUCCAACACCCGCUCUGAUUCCAUUGGUGCUCUCUACCGUGAAGGCACAGCGUCUUGGUUAAACUCCAUGGUCAACACUAGGUUCCCUUUCACAACUUCUCAAGUUAGAGACCACUUUGUUGCAGGACUUUCCUCUAACAAGGCAGCCACAAAGCAGGCCCAUACCUUCAAGCUUGCUAAUGAAGGUCGUCUACAGCCCAGAAUCUGAAGAGUUUCAUGUCUCAGUUUGUUUGUUGGUUCAUAUCAAAAGCAGUCUUAAUUAUUUAUCUUAUCAUGUGUGUGCUCAGUAGAGUUUUAAGUGUCCUAUAGACUCUAGUAAUAUUUAUAUUUAAUGUUGCUGUUUCAAAAUAUUUCUUGAUCUUAAAUAAGAUUUAGUAGCUCCUCUGUUUCUCAA